UUUUACUCUUCUGCUGUUCUACUGUGGCGGUGGCUGUGCUGCUGCUGAGUACUACGUUAAAUCGCAUCGAACGGUUUUUAAAAGCGGUCGCAUACCACGGCACACACGCUUCCGCAUCGUACAACACGCCUCGAAAAGCAUUUUAAAACCAUCACAAAAAUGUUGAUACGCUGGAAGAGUAAAGAUAAAAGCGCAUCCGCAAAUCAAAAUGCCUGCGGCAGCAACAGUUCAUCAUCAAAGAAGAAACGCAAGGGGCGUGAAGGCGAAGAAGACUGGCAAAAUGAAAACAAAUCAGGACGUAUGCCGCCAAAUGAACAGGGAGGCGGCGACGAACGACGACGCGCCAUGAGACGCGACGAUCCCAGGCGCCACACACUUGGCGGCGAUAUAAUGGUCUACGGUGGCUCACAGCAUCCGCACGCACAUCAAAUGGCACCACAACAGCAGCGCGCUAUGGACCUAGAGAUGAGCACACGCGCUCAAAAAAACAAAAAGAAUCAGCCAAUGCGUGGCUAUGCGCCCGUCAAUCAGGGCCCGCUGUUUGACGACGAUCCGGGCAUAAUGUCCGAGGUGGAGACGGCCAGUACCGGAUUUCGUCGUGGCGGAAAGCAGCGCUCAUCGCUGCCAGUGGUGCGCACCCCCUCAAAGACACUCGAGCGUCCGCUGGGGCUGGUCUUUCUGCAGUAUCGCUCGGAGACGAAGCGAGCACUGCUGCCGAACGAGAUCACCUCCAUUGACACGGUCCGUGCGCUGUUUGUGCGCUCUUUUCCGCGCCAACUGACCAUGUCGUACUUGGAGGGGCCCAACGUGAAGAUCUACAUACACGACGCCAGCAAGGACAUGUUCUACGAGCUGGAGGAUGUGCGCUCCCAUCUGCGCGAGAUCCGCGAUCGCUCUGUGCUGCGCCUCUUCGAGUCCACAGAGGUGGCAGCACCACCCCAGAUCUUGCCCGGCGGCCCCGGCAUACCGCAGCCCCUGCCCCAGUCUCAAGCGCCGGCCAACUGGGAUCAGGAUCAGAGCUACUUCAGCGAACCGGAAUUCGAUUCGGACUACAAGCACCAGCACAUCCACAAGUCCAAGAUUGGCAAACAACCGGCGCCCUACUAUGUGGGCUCAUCGCAGACCCUGCCUCGUGGCAUGUACUCUUCAGAACGCAACAAAGUCUCGAUGGGAGCGCCUGUGAAACCACUAAGAACAGUCAAUCCAAGGGGUAGCAUGGAACCCCUGUUUCCCUAUACCCAGGAUCAGUUAUACAGCAUUCCAGACGGCUACACCAGUUCUCCAGAGCGCAGCAGCCGCGGCAAUUACGAGGAGCCCUACUACAGCCAAUAUGGUACACGGGGCGCUGUUGUGGCACCCAUCAUAGACGAGGAGCAGAGCGAUGUGGCCCUCACCGAGGAUCAGUAUGCAUUGUACGGCAUCAAGGUGCCGGGUCCCAAUCGGAUGGCGCAUCGCGGCAAUCAGAUCUAUGAUCCCUCUAGGCCAGAAGAGUUGCACCGCAUACGCGUGGAGCACAUGGAGCGGCAGUUGGCCAAUCUGACGGGACUGGUGCAGAAGGCUUUGGUUAAUCAGAAUCCACAAAUAGCACCACUGGCGGUGCCCACACUGGACUCCAACUAUCUGGUUGUGCCAUCCCAGUCGCAGAUGCAAGCAAAUGGCUCCGGUGAUGACAUGUACAUUCGGGAGAAGGCUCCCAAGUUAGGCAAGAACUCGUGCCAGAAAUCCGUGUCCUUUGAGAAAUCAGUGUCCUUUAGCGAUGACAUACAGGGCCACAAUCCCAAGUCCCAUAAUCCACUACAUGCCGCUGAUACGAAACCUACCAAGCCGGCAAUCAAGUCGUCCACCCUACCACGCACAUCGUCACAAGAGCGCGAUCGCCUGAAGCCCCCUCCACCGCCCAAGCCGAUUGUGCUGGCCCAGACGGCACAUCCCAACUACCGGGCGGACAUAACGCUGGCCCCCGAGGUCUACAACCACCUGCGUGGGCUGCAGAAGAAAGCCAAGGACCUGCGCAUGGAGGUGCGCACACUGCGGCGUCUGUCGCAGGCCCAGGCCGUCGCCGUGCGGGAGGACAUCAAGGGUACAUUUAUGCGCAUUCGUGCCACUCUGCUGGCAAGCAGCGGCAGCUUCUGGGGCCAGCAGGGCGAUCAGGAUGCCACGCGAGUGACGCGCGAGGAGGAGCUCUACAAGCAGGAGGUCAUACGCCUCGAAAAGGAUCUCAGUGACCUCGAGGGAUCGGUGGAGAAUUUGCGCGGUGAGGUGAUCAAUCGGCGUACACGGGUCAACAUGACCGCCGUGGAGGAUAUGGCUCUGGUGUUGAGCCGCGCCAGCAAAACGGUGGCCGAACUCAAGCUCAAGUUUCCGUCUCUGUCGAAUGGCUUGCGCUGCAUUCUGUCCAGCGAAAUGGAGAAGGUGGUGCGCGAAGAAAAGUUCCUCAAAGAAGAGCCCGACCGCUUGGAGUCGGCGCUGCGGCGCUGCAAGAAGCUGACUGGGACAUUGGUGACGCUUAAACGUUUGGCCAGCGUGCAGGAGCAGCGCCUGCCGCCCAAUGAGCCGGCAAUCAGCGAAGAGCCACCACGCUCUGCGGACAUCACGGCGCCCGAUAAGCCAAUCCCAACACCCAGGAUGGGGUCGUUCGCUAUCAGCGGGGGACUCGCACCCGAAAACGCACUCGAUGCUCUGCUAGACGAGCUCAAGACAUUCUCCAAACCCAUAGCCCAACAACAGCAGCAACAGCAACAACAAUACGAGAUUCGCCCCGAAGAUUCGGCAUCUGAUGAAAGCGCCAGCGCUGAGGCCGCAGUACAAAGCACCGUCACCACGCAAAUAUCGCAGGCCCGUCUCUACACGGAGGCCAACAUCAAUAUGCAACAGGCAACCACUAGCAGCAUGGUCAUUGCUGUGGCCACCGGCUCUGUGCCAGUACAGCGAGGCGUGCUCACCCAUCAGCAGUCCCAGUCGCAGCUGCAGUUGCAGCUGCAAUCACAACAGCAUCAGCAGCAGCUACAACAGCAACAGCAGCAGCAGCUCAUGGUGCACACAAAUAUGGGCAGCUUGCGACGCCUGCAAUCCUAUCCCAGCGAGUCGGACAGCGAACUUCAGUUACCACCACCCACUGGGCCACGUCCCGGCGAUCCAAAUCUGGCCAAUGGUGGCGGCACCGGCACCGGCAGCAGCAGCAGCAACAAACCACCCGUACCCGAGCGAAAUGCUGAUCUGAUAACGAAAGUGGGCCACAAACGCAUACCGCCACCACCGCCGCCACGCACCAGCUCACGCAGUCCACUGGCCAGUCCAACCAGCCCAAACGUGCCACAGAACAUAGCUUCCGCAUCAGGAGCAGCAACAGUAGCAGCAGCAGCAGCCAAUGCCAAUUCCAUUGCCCACUCAAAUUCCAAUGUCAAUUCAAUCGGAAUCGACACCUCGGUUGUCGCCAGUGGCGACACAUCAAGCGGCGACAAUUCGAGUGGCAAUGAGUCCGGUAACGAUCAUGUGCAACGCCAGGUGGCACUCGAGAUGCGCCACCAGGAGUUACUAAAGAAGCAAAAAUUGCUCCAAGAGCAGUAUCAGCGUUUACAAAAAAUGAGCAAGCUUCCAUCGGUUGAUGUUACCGGCCCCUCGUCGCAGGACAUGGCUGCUGGGGCCGGCGGCGCUAAUAACACGCUGCGUAAGCUCGGCAGCGAGACAAAUAUUCAGCAGAAAAUCGCUGCAUUGAGCUUGGCCUGCGAGGCUAGUGGAGCCGCGGCUGCGGCGGCAGCAUCUGCCGCGGCGGCUACCAAUGGUGUGUUGGUCAGUGAUGCUACGAGCGGUGUGAUCGGCGGCGCUGUUGGUGGUGGAUUAGUAGGGUCGUCUGGUGCGGUCGCUGCUGCUGCAAACUCUCAACACCAAACAGCCACAACGACCACCAAGCAGGUGUACGAGACGGAGAUACUUUAACACAACUGGAAAUUGGCGUGGAACGAAACAAAAAUUGACAUUUAAUCAUCACAGCAGUCAUUGGUGGCAGUCAUAAGGUGGUCUCGGUUACCCAGAUGGAACUCUUCCCAAUAUAUCUACACACGUCAGUGGUCAGAUCUAUCAGUCAACCAAAAAAAGUAAAAUCAAAACCCUACCUACAACCGCUCAAAUAAUUUCACGUCCGAAAACGAAACUCAAAGGGUCACUGAACACUAAACACUUUUCCCCGUAUGAGCAGUAGCCUCACUCACCCUAAGCCCAGUACUUGUAUUUAGCAUUUAAUUUACGAACAUAAAUGUGUUAUGUGCAUGCGAUCGAUGUAUGAACGUGUUAGGUGUUGUCGAAUACGAAUACAAAAACAAAUUUGAAUCAAAAA